CAGACUGGUAGCUGGUAGGUGAACUGGCUGGUGGUUAUGAAAAGGCAGGAAAUCAAGAUGGCAUCCAAAGAGAGUACGAGUAUCGUGUCAAAGAACCAGCACGAUGUCAAUAGUGAUUCCAAACAAUACGUCAAUCAGUUUAUUACCGAUAAAGUUAUAUUUAAAAAGACAGAGUUACACAGCGUGUUUAUAAAUGACAUAAAUAAUAAGUGUGUUAGUGAUGAUUUGAAUGUUAAUAAUAACAGUGUAAUAACAUCUUUGUCGAGCGGGACGCCCACGGAAUUAACAUUGGCGUCAUCAACAACCAGACUAUUUGCCUCUCAACGCAAUGACACUGGAUUUAUAAAUUCUUCUCAUUGUAAUUCACAGUACAAUUAUAACCAUAGUGUUGAUGGGGACCCAGAUCAGGCUGCUGGGACUGUCAACUUGGCUUUAAUGCCCCGCUUUGAUUCAUCAUCACGCAACAUCAUGUCCGGUAAUAGGAAUGUUAAGGACGCAAAUAUAUCUACGUCCCUUUCGCGUGCUAAUGCUGCUAGUACCGAUUCUGAUGAGUUGAGUUGUGGCAGAGAACCCGUCAAGUCGACGCGAGACAUCAUCAAUAUACAUGUUGACACGACUUUUGACGAGCCGAUGCCGGAUAAUAUUCCUGGUGGGGAAAUAACUGGAGCUAAAUUAAUUGAAAACGAGUGUGGAAAUGUGUUGAGUAAAACUCCGCAGCUUGGGGAAAGUCCGCACAGUAGCGGCAAUAAUAUACUGACUAGUCCGCGUAGUCCGGAUUACCCAUCGCGAGUGCCAGCUAAUCCUCUCAGUCCAGACACGACUUUCAUUGCGACAGAUAAUGCAGUGAUAAGAGCACCAGUUUCAAUGGAUACCGCUAAAUAUCCAGUAAAUGAUAAUGAAUCAUCAAUAAAAAAAACUACAGAUCAGUCGUCAGUAGACGCUGAGUUGGAUAUUAAAAUAAACGAAAGCCUGCCAAUUAAAAUUGAGAGUGAAAUAAAAACAGAACCGCCUGAUAUAUCAAUUGGUAUUGAUGACAAGUCUGUUAAAAUAAAAGUCGACUCAACUUGUCCGAGUGUAAAUGAACCUUCUCGACCACCUGUAUCGUCAUCGCCGACCUCGACCACUACUGCCGAAAAAACUUCAACCAGCAAUGAAAAACGAAGCCGUGACUACAAUGGGAGUAGUGACAGGCAUCGGUGCUCGCGUUGUUACAAACGCAGUAAAAUAAAACGUGCGAGUAUCGGGGUACAGUGUCGACGUGAUCGCAGUGCUCCAUUGCAGCCUCAACGCGGGACCGGCAAAGAGUCAGCGUCUCAGUUGACCAAUCCGGCUAACGUUAAUUUGCGUCUGCAUUUGGAGACCAAGAGCUACAAGUUGCUGAGCCAGUCUCCGGCGGUUAUUAAGUACAGCGAGCAGUUGGAAGGGUUGAAGUACCGGAGGUUCAUUCACAUAGAGCCGUAUCCAAAUGGUGGUGCCACUGUUGUCCAUAUGUAUCAAGACGAGAUUGACGGACUGCCGAAGGAGCAGAUGGACGAACUGACUCAAGAGUUUUUUAAAGUUGUCUUUGGUGAAGACGAUAACGGAAACGCGUAUCAUGUAAUGGGUAUUGUCCACAACUCAGCGGCUUACUUGCCAGAUUUGUUGGAUCACAUGGCUUAUAAUUAUCCAACACUUACGGUUAAGAAUGGCGUGCUGGGACGUAACAGUGACAUUGAAACGACAACAAUGUUACAGUACAAAGAACAAGUGUACAAAGCGUACAAUAAUGGUACUGUAAGAUACGGACCGCUGCACCAGAUAAGUUUAGUUGGAACUGUCCAUGAAGAAGUCGGUGGUUACUUUCCAGAUCUACUGAGACGAUUGGAAGAAAACCCUUUCCUAAGAUUGACGAUGCCUUGGGGCGCCAUGUCUGUUGUCCAAAUGGAAACCCCUCAGGAGUCCAAUGACGGUCCUAUUCUCUGGAUUCGUCCGGGUGAGCAGCUGGUACCCACUGCUGAUAUCAAUAAGAGUCCUUGUAAAAGACGUAGAACGGGAAUAAAUGAGCUGAGAAAUUUACAGUACCUGCCCCGUUUGAGUGAAGCAAGAGAGUACAUGUUUGAAGAUCGUACCCGUGCUCACGCUGAUCAUGUUGGCCAUGGGCUGGACCGAAUGACAACUGCUGCAGUUGGUGUUCUCAAGGCCAUACAUGGUGGUCAACCGUCCGAGUACAAUAGAAUAACAAAAGACGUCGUUGCGUUUUACGCUGGUGAUUUUCCGGAGUUGGUUGAAAAAUUACAACUUGAUUUACACGAACCUCCGAUAUCACAGUGCGUUCAGUGGAUUGAAGACGCUAAACUUAAUCAAUUAAGACGACAGGGUAUUCGUUACGCGCGAAUAAAUUUGUAUGAUAAUGAUAUAUAUUUUUUACCGAGAAAUAUUAUACAUCAGUUCCGUACAGUAUCUGCGGUGUCGAGUAUUGCCUGGCACGUUAGAUUACGACAGUAUUACCCGGACGCUGCGGUAAAUGCUAUUACCAGACAUGGCCGCACGAUACCGGAGAACUCGAAUCAUUUUAAAGAGAAAGAUUUGUCGGGAGUGCUGGUUGAUGAGCAGAAAGAGAACGCUGACCGACAGCACAUGGCUGAGAAAAAGGCUAAAGAACGGGCUGCUGAGUACCAGGGCAAUUUGAAAAAAUCUGAACAUGGAAGGAAACGUAAAGAUGACCGGGACAAGAGUCGCGAUCGUCGUCAGCAGGAUUCACGUUGUAAGAGGAAAGAGCGCAGGAGUUCGACUAGUAAAUUGGAUAAAAGUAAAGGUGAUAUUACUGGCAAGAGGAAGUCGAGCGAUGAUGACAGAAGGUCGAGUAAGAAACACGAGGACCGGCAUCGGAGACGGAGAUCGCUCAGCAAGUCGCGCAGACGGAGCUCCUCGGUUAGUCACUCGAGUUCGUCUGACAAGAAGAAAAAGGAGGAGAGGUCCAGCUCAAAUACGUUGGUCGUAAAGCGCGAGGAGCCCAAUCAAGUCAAGCCUUGUUUAACGGAACAGCAGCAAGUUAAUGUUGUUGAAAAUCAGGAUAACAUUCUUCCAGUUGAAAGAUGUUCCGAGUGUGCUGAAGAUCUACCGGUGAGACUGGACGAUGAGACUGUUGGGGCAAGACAGUUGGCGGGAAAAGUGUAUGCGACUGAAGUUGUUGAUAAGGCUUUGGAAAUCGCGGUUUAUAAAUCUAAAACUGACGUUGAUGAAGUCUGCCAGUCUCUGAGGGACGGAGUUGCGGAAGCUUCGAAAGAAGUCCUUGAGAAAAUAAAAAAAGAGUGCUACGAAUUGGCCGUUAAGACUUACGAGGAGAAGAACAGUAAGUUUGAAGAAUUGUGGCGACUGCUGGAGACCGAAACGAUCGGGGCUUUUACGUCAGAAAUGGAGUGCGCUACAGAAAACGCUGUCAAGGCGUUGAUUGAAAUGGCCGAGGAAGAGGCUAAAGAACGUGCUAAAGACGCUGCGGAGGUCACCCAACCCAUGGCAGUAGAAACUCCUGUCGUUGAAGAACCUAAAGAAGUUUCCGUAGCUCCAGUUGCCAGCGCCGAGUGGAGCCACCGCGAGUCUCCCAAAUCUCCGAAAGAGCACAGAUCAUCCAAGAGUUCAGAGAGCUCACGAAAAUAUAAAGACAGAGAUUCCCGAGACCGGCAUAAAGAACGCAGGGACCGCGACCGCCGUGACCGCGACAAGGACCGUGAGCACAAGCGAAAAAGUCCAAGCAAGUCUGAUCAUCGCGAUACCGAAUCAAACAAACCGCAUGCCACUUCGUCCUCUUCGUCGCCUUCUUCUUCGUCCAGUUCCUCAACAAAGCCGAGCAAAGACGAGCCCAGAUCUUCGUCCUCUUCCGACAAAACCAAACGUGACUCUCAUCGUAAUGAAAAAGAUUAUCACCGAAAAAGCUCAUCAUCUUCCUCACACAGAGAUGAGUCCAAACGUUCAUCGACUUCCAGCUCGAGUUAUAAAAGAAAAGCAACCAGCAGUAGCAGUUCCAGCCAAGUCCACAAAGAUUCUAAACGAAUUUGUACUGAGUCUAUUAGUCAGACUAGCAGUAAUACUUCAACUACUAUUUCUAAUACUAAUAUUAAUAUUGGCACCAGUACCAGUACUUGUUCAUCAACAUUAUUGUCUUCAACGACUUUGUCUCUGUCUUCUUCUUUAACAAAUGAACAAACUCCAAGUGCUAGUGCUAGUGGUAGUUGUAGCGGUGGUGGAGAUGUUGGUUCUAAUGCGACGUGAAUCCUUAGCUACUUAACAAAGUGUUUAGUACAAUAAUAAAUAUUUUAAAUAGUAGCUUUUGAGUUUAUUAAACUUUAAUUACUAUUAUUUAAACAUAAAAUGUUUACUGUGGAAAUUAUUAGUAUAUUACACACCUAGGGAGGAAAGUAGGACAUUUCUCCGUAGUGUGUAUGCAAUUUUUCACCAGACCUGCACCUGAAAGUUCAAGUUUUACCCUCCGUUUGUGGGAAGAAGGUACAUGCGGUAAUUUUUAUCGUUUGUUUUCUCAUAAAAGGAAAGAACAACUUUCUUCCAUCUAAACAGGGCGGGAAUUUAAACUUCCGGUGUUGAUCUGGUGAAAAAUAAUUAACAUGUGUGUUAUUGUUGAACAAUAACGAUUACUAAUUUCAGUUUAAAUUUACACAUUUAUUUAUCAAUGAUAAGUAUGAUAAAAUACAUUUUAUUAUUAUUAUUAUUAUUAUUAUUAUUAUUAUUAUUAUUAUUAUUAUUAUUAUUAUUAUUAUUAUUAUUAUUAUUAUUAUUAUUAUUAUUAUUAUUAUUAUUAUUGUUCUUGUAAAUAUUUAAUUCAGAGGUCCGUGUGAAAAUUGAGUGAAUUUAAUUAUUAAGCUAAAUUUAAAAAUUCAUUAAAAAAUUUCAUAGAAAAAAAAAAGAAAUUAUUAUUAUUAUUUAUUAACGUGAGA